UAGUAUGCUUAAAACUAUUUUGUCAAACCUUAUUAUGUGUACUCCAAAAUACAUUUCAAAAACACAUUUUCGAUUAGAAGCCACUAGCACGUAGAAGCCAAGGGUUGUCAUCAUGGAGUACAACCGCCAGCCGUGUCCCAUUCGGAUUGUGGAAGAUUGCGGAUGCGCUUUCAUGAUGGGCACCAUCGGAGGGUCGCUGUUCGAGUUCCUCAAGGGAUUUCGCAACUCACCUUCAGGAUUGCAGCGCGGCCUUUACGGCGGCUUCGAUUCGGUCAAGAUGCGGACGCCAGCCAUUGCCGGCAGUUUUGCCAUUUGGGGAGCCACCUUCAGCACAGUGGACUGCGUCCUGGUCUCCUACCGCCAAAGAGAGGAUGCCUGGAAUUCGAUUGCCAGUGGAGCAGCCACGGGCGCAAUAUUGGCAGCCCGCAGUGGACUUCGAGCCAUGGCCAAUAGCGCUCUUGUGGGCUGCCUGGUCUUGGCCAUGAUAGAGGGAGCCGGUGCAGCAGUAGCCACCAUCAACGCGGCCGAUGACGAGCCAGGAAUAUUCAUCAAUCCACAGCGGGCUCAGUGGGAGGAGUGCAAUGCAAGCAGGCAAAGGGGCGUUUCCCCGCAAGACUUUGCCGAGGCGGAGUUUGAGCAAGUGCUGGAAAAGUGUCGAGCGUACAGGGAGCGAGGUGCAUUGCAGGGGCGUCUAGUGGGAUCCAGCGAAGUAACAAGUAAUGAUAAACCUAUACACUCCCUGGUGGACCUCGUCCAACUAGCUGAAAUCUUGUAAUUUUCCACGGAAGUAUACCUUUUAUGUUAAUUUAAAAUUUAUUUUUUGUGGUCGCCCGUCAAAAUUGUUUGAAUGUGUUAAUUUGCUGAUUGUGCAUAUGAAUAUAUACGCAGCCCAGUGUCCAAUCAA